AUGUUGUUGCGACAAGUGCCGAACCGCAACGGCUAUGAGACUUGGCGGCAGCUGGUCAACAUCUACGCACCGCGAUCGAAAGUGCGAGGACUUGCACUGCUGAAUGCCAUCAUGUCAUUUCCCCCGUUUGUGAAAAGCAAAACGACCAGGGAGCAGGUUGACGGUUUGGAUCGCCUUGCCCAGGAGUAUGAAAGGGUCUCAGGAGUGGCUGUGAAUCCAGAUAUUCUCCUCGGGACUUUACUUCGGGUUUUGCCGGCGCACUUGAGAAACCACAUUCAGCUUCAGAUGAAAAGUGACACCAGCUAUGAGCAGGUCAAACAGUUCAUUCUGACAUAUGAAGUGACGACCAGCAACUGGUCGGCGUCCAAAGUGCAGCAAAGCUUAGGAAUAGGCCCCUCGGGCGGCAAGGGCGAUGGUCGUGGAAAGGGUGGAAAAGACAAAGGUGGAAAGGGCGGCAAGCCCAAUGGCGGGAAACCGAAUCCCGGUGGCGGUGGAGGCAAGUCUCAGAAUGCCAACCAGCCGAAAGGCGGCAAAGGAAAGGGAGGCAAAGCACAAAAGGCACCCACCAUCACGACAUCAGGUGGAGCGGCCAGCACGAGUGGAACAGUGCGGCGAGUUCAGGUGUUUGACUUGAGUGCGCCCGCUGACUGGUUCAUUGGAGGGCAUGUUCGUGCUGUCACAUGUGCCAUGCAGUCAGCUCGGAAUCCCAAGGCAGUUCAGAGCCCAGCAGGUCCCAGUGGCCAGGUUGCGAUCGGCCAGGCGUGCAGCAGCGACAUUUUGUCACCAGAAUUUCUUGAGAUUGUCCGAAUGCUGGAAGGUUCAUGUUUGAACAGUGCAGAGCCAGUGCGCGUUCUUGAGAGUAGCGAUGCAGUCAGCUCGGAAUCCCGAGGCAGUUCAGUCCCAGCAGGUCCAUUUUAUUUUGAUCAGAGCACAGUGCCACAGGUGUCCCAGGCUGCGCCAGCAGCAGAUCAGAGCACAGUGCCACAGGUGUCCCAAUUUGACAUUUCGGCCGAUGAUGAUUCAGGAUCGUGGGAGCACGGAGUUUCUGUGCAUGAGCUCAGCACUCUCAAGCGCUUGGAGCCCAACAAAGGCUUUGUGUAUGCUGUUCAGACAAUCCAAGAGUUGCCCUCAGCUGACGAUGCCCUGGAUGUGAUUUUGGAUUCAGGUGCAGACAUGAGUUGCUUGCCUCUUGAGUAUGCACAACAUGGUUUCGACCACGGGCAUGUGAUGUUUGUCCAAGCAUCAGUUUGCAAUGAAAUGGCCGAUGCGAAUUUUGGAUGGCAAAUGUCAGGCACGGGAAACUUGUACUUUCGUGGCAGGAGCACUCACUACAUUGAUCCGUCGAUCAUUGCGCCAGUGGGGUGGCCCUGCAGAACCACUUUGGUCAAGCCGUGCACACCUGAUCAUAAUGCCUGGAUUUUGCUUGAGCAUUGCGUGCACUGGGGUGAGUUGCGAGAGCUUGCGGCCAUUUUACCGCACGGAGAAAGUGAUGUAGUAUGCAUCCUCUCUUCGUCACGUGAAGAGUUGUCCGAGUUUGGAGUGGAACCUCACAGAUCAACGCAAGGGCACAUUGAUUGGUCUGGCCCGCAACCUGGAGACCCAGAUGCUGAUGAGCUUGCAGAUUACGAGCCUUCCGAAGCCGACAUGCAGGACACUUCUGCUCCACAGUUGGUGGAGGCGAUGCCAGGUGUGCCUCAGGUCCACAGGGAUGUGGAGGUGUUGCCAGAUGCCGAGGGCGUCACAGGCGAGGCGCCAGUGCCAGGAAGCAGCAGUGACAUUCUUGUGUUUGAAGGCGUUGAGCUUUCCCUGCAGAGCACAUUGAGUGUGAUUCGUACGGCAUGCAAGUCGGCUGGGAUAUCCGUUUCAGGGAGCAAGCAGCGUUGCCUUGAUCGCUUGAGGGGUUACCUUGACAAGCAGCAAUUGGCCCUGAGUGCCGAAGUUGCUCAGACAGUCGGAGAUGACAGUACGCGUGAGCCGAAAGGGCAGUCCGUCACCAAGGCCCCAACAGAAGCCGAGAGGCAGUUGCAUGAGCUGACCCAUUGGCCAUUCCGGCCAUGGUGCGAUCACUGCAUGGCCAUGCGUGGUGUUGAGGACCGGCAUGAAUCACUGCCGGGGAGUGCCGACACUGAGGUCCCGAUCAUCAGCUUCGAUUAUGCCUUCACCAGUGUGUCAGGUGCCGAGGGCCAGGGCAAUGCAGCUAAGUUGACCGUUCUGGUUGCACAUGACACCAGCACCGGCAGUGUGCUAGGGCUUCCUGUUGCAAGCAAGGGGCGCGAGGAUCUGAAGUUCAGUGCAAUCGAGCUUACAAGGUUCGUGCAAGGCUUAGGCCACAACAGCAUUUUCCUUUGCUGUGACAAUGAGCCCUCCACGUUGGCUCUUCAAAGUCUUGUGGUCAAUGUUCGGACCAAGCUCGGGUUCAAAACCAUGAUCCGUGAUGCGCCGGUGCACUCGCAUGCAUCAAAAGGCUAUGUGGAGAAGGCCAUAGACUUGGUGAGAGGUCUCUCCAAUGUCUUGCUUGAUCAGGUGAGAGUCAAGUACAACUUGAGUGCUGAAACCAUCAGUGCAGAUCACCCUUUGAUGGCAUGGAGCUAUGUUCACGCAAGUUACAUCUUGAACAGGUUCGGAGUGAAAGGCGGAGCAACGGCAUUCGAGCGUGCCACUGGUUACCGUUUUGCAUCCAAGCUCGCCUGCUUCGGAGAACCGGACGCUGAUGAGGUGUUUGAACAGCAGCAGAGUGCGCAAGUUGAUGUGUCAGGUGCCAGAAGUGAUGAGGCGCAGGCAGUUGCAUCAGGAAUGCCGAGUGUGGCGGGGAUGGCGGGGAUGCCUCCGCUUAGCAGCCAGCCACCGAACCCUGCACCAUCCUCCAGAGCCACAUUGCUUCUUGAUCGUCACGACAGAGGGAGUGCGAGUGUCCCAGGCAGUGUGCCAGCGAGUGUGAGACCUCCUCCUCCUGCGCAUGCUGCGGUGAAUGAGUCACCAAUGGAAGUCAUGGGGACCGACCCACCGACAUCCUCUGAUUCAUCUUCGUCUUCCUCUCCAGAAGCCUUGCCCACUCAGCCUGUGUUUGAUGACAGCACCAUGCUUGCUGAGGUGGUAGAAAGUGUUCGAGCAGGUGCCAGCACAGGUCGACAGGCUGAGGCAGAGCCAGAUGAGUCCCAUGCAGCAAAGUUUCAGCGGAUCGCCCGAGUAGGCCGUGAGGACUUCCCAAUCAAUGAUGAAGUUUUGGAGUCCGCCGCAGAAUGGGAAGAUGCAGCACAGUAUGUGCAGCUUGGAGAAGAUGCCGAUGCAGAGCUUGAUCCAAGCCUUACCGCUGAAGAGGCAAAGCUUCUUGAAGAUGAAGACCUUCUAUGGUUCGAGGAGAUCCCAAGCCUCAGUGACGAGGAGUUGUCAGCCUUGGAUUACGUGGCAGACACUUUUGAGGUGAAGCGACUUCUUGGAAAACAAGUCUUGGAGGAAGUCGGAGACAGCUUUGAUCUCAGUGGUUACAAGGAGCUCUCCACGAAGUUCGUGAGAACGUGGAGGCAAAAGAAACGGCAUGGGCGCAUGAUGUUCUUUCGUAGAUCACGCUUGGUUGCAAGGGAAUACAAGUGGAUGGAGCGUGACCGGGAAGGUUUGUAUGCCCCGGCGACGUCGUCGCUCACCACGAAACUUCUGCCAUGGCUGUUUUGCGAGAUGAACAGGCGUCAGGAAGGUGCAGCCACAGACGAUGAUCCCAUAGGCGUCGUGGCUCUUGACAUAAAAGAUGCUUUUCUUUGUGUCCCACAGGAGCGUCCCAUGCUGGCCAAGAUUCCGGGUUCUCCUAAAAGGAUGCGGUUCCUCAAGAUGCUGCCAGGGCAGAGAGACGGAACGGCCAGGUGGCAUUCGUUCAUCAUGGAAUACAUCCGCGAGAAGCACCAGUUGUCUGUGUGUGCUGAGUGCCCUUCCUUGUACAAGCUGAAGGAUGCGAAAGAUCGCUCCAAUCCGGGUGUGAUCCACGUCGACGACCUCUGCCUUGUUGGGUAUGUGAGGUGGAUCUUGCAGCAACUGGUUCCCAGUCUUGAAAGCACUUUUGAGCUGUCGUAUGAGGUUGCAUGCAAGCCCGGGGAUUCCUUUAAGUUUCUUAAAAGGGAGCACGUUCUUCUUGAAGAUGGUAUCUUGAUCAAGCCAUUGUCUGAUCAUGCAGUGAACAUGUGCAAUCUUCUUGAAGUGCCACUGCACAAGAAAGUGCCGACACCGUGCACAAAGGACAUCUUGGUGCCCGACACCAGCAAGCUGCUGGACAGUGCGAAGGCUGCGCGCUUUCGCAGCGCAAUCGGGAUUGCAAUGUAUGUGUCCCAGGAUCGACCCGACGUUGCCUUCACAGUGAGGAUUCUGUCUCAGAAGCUCCGAGAGCCGACAAUGCAAACUUGGAGUUCGGGUCAGAGGUUGGCAUCGUACUUGGCGUGCACCACAGGUUACGCAAGCAAGGUGCAUGCCCGAGGUGACAAGCUUAGCAUUCUUGAGCCUUCCGAUCCUGGUGGAGCGCGUGAUGGAGUGCUGCUGGAGGUGUUCUGUGAUGCAGACUGGAGCGGCAACAAGCAGAAUCGCCGCAGCAUGAGCAGCAGCUCGUUCUUUUUGAACAGCUGCUGCGUCUAUACUUCGUGUAAGAGCCAACGCUGCGUAAGCCUCAGUUCCACUGAAAGCGAAUUUUACGCCUUGGUGUCCGCGGCCUGCGACGGCAUCUACUUGAAAAGAGUUCUUGAAUACCUGCUUGAACUACCGGUAGAUCUUUUGAUGAGGACUGAUAAUGCAAGCUGUCGCCAGAUAUCUUUGAAGCAGGGCGUAUCAAAGAUCAGGCAUCUUGAUGGAAGGUUCCUCUGGGUGCAGGAGAAGACCGCGGAUGGUACACUGAAAGUUGGCUCAGUCGACGGGCGAUGGAACCCGUCAGAUCUUGGAACCAAGGUCCCGGCAACUGGGAGUCGCUUGAGAGCAUUGCUUUGCAUGCAUGACUUCGUUGACUGUGCCGGUGAUUGCAUCCAAGAGGUAGGCCGUGCCGACUAUGAUCAGUUGGUCGAGUCGUUGCAACACUGCAAGGACACAGCCCGUGUCCGGCGAUUGAUCAACAAGUCGCUGAAGACCAAUGGUUUGAGCAACAGCAAUCUUGUUUUGAUGAUGGUGAGCUUGAUUGCAGGUGCAGAUGCAAGUGGCACGAGGCGUGAUGUGAGUGUUCAGACAGAGCCAGAGGCAAGAUGGUUCAGCGUUUGGGUGACCGGUUUGGUCAUCCUCGUGUCUCUGUUGAGUGUCAUGCUGAGCCUUGAGCGGCUGCGGGCCGAUCGCCGCAGGGACGAUGCAAGCGCGUAUAGGACCACCAGUGCCGAGCCGAGCACGUCUGUGCCAGAGUAUGGGCGUUGGAGUGUGAUCACCGCAACCCUUUGCGGUGUGCCUUCGCUUGUGUGCUUGAUGCUCAUGAUGCAGCUACGCAAGUUGAGAUUCUUGCUUGUGACAGAAAGGCAUGAGACCGAUCGCUUGCAGGGAGUCAUCAGUGAAAUGGACUAUGACCGCAUGAUGUGGGCAGAGCACCAUGCACGUGAGGGUGCAUCAGCGUCAUCAUCAGGUGUACCGUUGCAAGUUGCAUCCCACAGUGGACGUGUGGGCGAUGUGCCAGUGCAUACGCCAGAGUUGCAUGUUUAUUGCACUGCAAGGCGAGGCAAAGCUUACCAUGCGAAGCGCGGAUGCACAUGCUUGAACAACGCUGAUGAGAUCCUGCGACUUGGCUUAGCAGAGGCCAAGGAACGUGGCUACCAGCCAUGUGGGCGAUGCUUCGGAGGCAAUCGCAAACAGAAAUGA